AUGCAGAGGUGCACUAGUUUCCUGUUUUUGUCUUUAAUCCUUUGUGCCACCCUGUCAGAAACAUUUGGACUGGUUUUCUCAGCAAAAGAAAAAAGAGGCUGGACUUUGAAUAGUGCUGGUUACCUACUUGGGCCACAUGCAGUAGAUAACCACAGAUCUUUUAAUGAUAAACAUGGUUUCACUGGUAAACGUGAAAUACAGCCUGAUGAGGAUAAUAAAGCAGGGAAUCUUGGAAGACCACUGGCUGAUGAAAACAUUGUGCGCACAGUAAUUGAAUUUUUGACUUACUUGCAUCUUAAAGAGGUGGGAGCACUUGACAAACUACCUUCACCAGAGGAAAUAAACCAGUCUUGAAGAAGAAUGCAUUUUUAUUUUCUUGUAGUAUAAUUUAGAUUGAAUUCUAAACAAAAGAUCCAAAUGAGCUGAAGAUGAGAAGUAUUGUUUGCAUUAAUCUGAUAAACAGUAAACAGCAUUCUUCCCUGUUUUUUCAUUUGUUUGUUUGGAUUUUUUUUUGUUUGCUUUUUUUUCCCUCUCUCCUGUGAUGUUAUAGUGUAAAAUUUUGCCUUAGUAAAAUUUUUCUGCAGAUAAAUGAUAAAAUAAAAACAAAGAGCAA